AUGGAACAUUUGGUGUGGCCUCCGAACUCUGACAAUUCUCUUUUGUCGGAUGCGGCGGAUCGGUUUCUGGCUAUCGAACAGAGAGUUGCUGCUCUAUCCGAGGGCUUGGAUUCUGUGUCGCUUCAUGUCAGCCAGACUGCUUUACAGACGGAUGCAUUGUCCUGGAGGUUGGAUCGCUUGGAAACUCGUGUCAGGUUGCUCUGGGAAAAUGUUGAUGAUCUGCGAUCGGCUCUGGGCCUAUUGGUUCCAACGAUCACAGGUGAUCCCCAGGUGGCGGCGCAGGCAUUAUCAGUUGCUCUCCCGGCAAGGUUGGCGCGGGCUGAACAGGCCCUCCAGUCAUUGUCUCAGCAGGACACGACAUCAGGGUCCAGUUCACUCCUUGACCGUGUGGCUCGCCUCGAGUCCUUGGUGUCGCGGCUGCCGUCGCUGGAUGCCGGAUGGAACGCCUCGCCAGCCGUCUUUUCCUGCACCAGUGCCCGCUCCGAGCCCGGCUCUGGCUCCAUUGCUGCUACCGAGGUGCCACCGCGCGCCUUUGGCUUCGGAGCCUCCCCGGCUCCUGCACCGCCACUGGCACCAAGGUUUCGACCUCCGAGCCCGGUGGACGUGUCAGUGGUCUCUAAGGGCGGCUUUGCUCCGCUCCGCAGUGCGAGGGUGCCUUCGAACAUGCAGGAUUUUCCUCCUGCUGCGGCUCAUCCUUACAAGCCGGCUGCACCGGGCACUAUGUUGUCGGCUUGGCAGAAUGCCAAAAACGAGCAGCUUAAGGUCUGGCUGGCACUGGCAGCCACAGCCGCGGCUGCCUCUGAAAUGGUGUCAGAGCUCUUGCAGAGUCCGAAUUCUUCGGUACUUCUGGUGCGCCUGGUUCAGGGGAAUGCUCCGUCGACUCUCACCAACUACUUCGGACGUUGGAAACAUUGGGUCGAGUUUUGCCAGGUCCAAUCGGCAGACGAAUGGGCACCCAAGGUUGCCUUCCUCUGCGAUUUCCUGAUCACGCACUGCAAAGGUCUUCUGGGAUCGGCUAUCGCGUGGCUCAAGGCCUUCAGGUUCGUCACUACGCGGCUGGAGGUCCAGUCAUUUAAGUUGGCACUACAGUCUGAGGCGGUCCGGGCCUUUGGCAAAUCCGUGAAUGUGGUUCAGCGCAGAGAGACAGCACCUUUCCCACUUUCUUUCGUCAUUUGGUUGGAAAGGCAAGUGCUGGAUGCGACCCAGGUCGCGGCACAUCGAAUUCGGUGUGGCUUCCUUCUGGUGUGCGUGUUUGCCAGCCUUCGCUGGUCUGAUGCUCAGUGGUCUCCGCCUUCCUUUCUUCACUUGGAUCGGCAGGCGCUUCUUGGAUGUGCUACAAGGACGAAAACUACUUCAAGAUCCAUGCCGUGGGGAGCCUGGGCUCCCGGGUUUCUCGCUCGGCCUCAAACGGCACCCGGCUGGGGCCAGGUCUGGCUGUGUCUGGUCCAAGAGGCGGUGACCCGUACUUCGGCCGCUCGCCCUGGGUUUCAGCCCGACUUUCUGGUGGCCGACUUGGGUCCCGAUGACCGUGCUCCGGUGUUCUUGGCUCCCCUGAGCCGUGCUGCGGGGGUGGUCCUGAUCCGCCGACUGUUGGCGAUGUGCUAUGAGCUCGAGAGCUACCCGGCUGAUCAACGGCCGGACUUGUCACUCAUUGGCGUGCAUAGUGCCAAAGUCACAUUCUUAUCCUUGGCUAAGCAACUCUUGUUGGACGAAGCCUUGCGGCGAGAGCAAGGACACCACCGCCCGCCGCCGGGGCACGCCAUGACCCGGUUAUACGGCAGAGAUGAUGUUUCAGGUCCCCUGGCACUCCAGUCUUCUAUCGUCCAGGCAGUGGCGAAUGGAUUCCGACCGCUGAGGCCAGCCCUCCGAGGUGGCGCGCCGCCACUCCCUGACAUCACAGUUGCUGUGCCGGCUCUGGAGCCGGCCGCCUCGGACUCUCGAGCCCCUCCGAUGGUGCCCAGGCUCCACGACAGAGAGCCGUUGGUCCUUGAUCAAGAUUCGAGCUCUGAUUCCGAAGAUGAUGCUCCGGCGGCUCCUGAGGUCGAGUCCACAUCAGCGGCCCCGGCCGCAGCUUGGGAACUGGUCUCGUCCGGUGAUGCGGCGCCUUCACCGCAGGAUCUUGGUGAGCCGGAAGAGUUCGAAUUUUUAUUUAAUCCAAUGACGUCAAUUGUGCAUCUUGCCAAGCCUUGCCGGGCAGACCAUCCAGCUUGUCAGUUCCGCCCAGCUCCGGAUGCAGUUGGGGAUGCUCCUCUUCGCCCAGGUUGCUCCAUAAGAGGUAAUCUGGCAAUUGGAGCCUUAGUUCGGACAUCUGUGAUCCCGAAGGGUGCACGUUUGUGCUUGAAGCACGGGUGUGGGAAGGACCCCGCACUUGCAUCCUUGCUGGACUCCUACUUCUUGGUCGGGCGUGGUUGCGGGGCUUCGUUGCAUGCCUGGGGAUGCACGCUUGCACCCCGGGCCUUGUGCACGGUCGUAGCCGCUUUUGCAUCUGCCUCGCCGGACUUGCUUCCUGGAUCCACCGUCAUGCUCGAUGACCCCGCCGCUUUCACGGGCCUUCUCACCAGAUGGGCGGUCCCGGAUGCAGUCAAGGACAAGCUUCAUGAUGCAGGCUACAACACCAUGGCUCUGCUGGCCCAUGCUCUUCCGUCUUUGGAUGACCUCGAGGCUUUUGUUGAGUCUUUGCUGGGCAGAGCAGUGGGUGCGGACCCGACGGUCCCCAUUUUCUCUCCGGAGGCGGCUGCCCUUCGUCGUGUGCUUAAAGAGUGUAUCAAUCUGGCAGGGCCGGCCGGUGCUUCGUCUCCGGCUGCACCGACCCCGGCAGCUGCGAGACCCAAACUGCAACCUGCGGAUGUGCAAUCGCUUGUGGUGGAGUUCUCGCGCAAAUAUCCUUCGGAACUCCUUCGCCCGGAGGUUAUGCCAAGCCUGCCUUUCCUGAAUGCGGUCAAGGAGGCGGUCGACUCUAAGCAGCUCUCCUGGAUUUCCUGGCGACUUCGAACGAGUGAGUCAGAUGAACAGGCUCUCACCGAGCGACGCAAACCGCGCACGGACUCGCAGAUGCUACAGUCACUGCUUGGUCCGGUCUCGGAUGAACUUGUGGUGGAUGUCCCGCAGCACCUCCCCCUUGAGUCUGUGAUUCGUCGCUACCUUGACCGCAUGUCUUAUGCCCUCGCGGUUCUUGAUGCAUGCCACUUACUGACUCUGAAGAAACUCUCGGAGAAAUUUGUGAGCCUGGCGACAGCAAUCCCGAUUGAUCGUUCCCUGCGAGGACCCACGCUGGCGGAGGCUAUGGAUGCCGAUCGUGUGCUUUGGAGUGCCAUCUGCUCCUUGCAAAAGGAAUAUGGCUGGUCUUUGCAGGAUUGUGUCUCGGAACUGACACAUGUACGAUCGGACCUUCAUAACGCUUUGGCUCCGCGGCCGAAGGUGCACCAGGGUGGUGGUGAGCCUCGCGGCAAACGCCAGCGCACUGAACCGCCGCCCGCUCCACAUCCCAAUCCUCGAGCCAAAGCCAAGAGCAAAGCCAAGCCACGCAAGAGUGGGGAUGCGGCUUCCUCCAAAGAUCGCGUCUCCAUCAGCAACUGGCCGAGCAAUUGGGCUCGCCAGAUCGGCUUGCUGACCUUUUGCUGCAAGAAGCACCUGACCUUGACGAUCGUUUCUCUAGCGGUGCUUCGGUCUCGGCUGGUCUUUACCAUCGGAUCAAGGUGCAAUGGGCAAAGCACUUGUCACAACCGAAGAGCCCACAAGGCUGUGUGGGGGGUUCGUGCUGCUGAUGGGAGUUUCCUUAGCCGAAUGACAGCUGCGUACCCGAAAUCGCUGGCUGCCGCUUUGGCGGCGUUUCUGGGAAGGUACACUUCGUCUCAAGGCCGGCUGCUUCCAUGUGCAGAGUGGCGCUCUGUGCUCCCCCUGGACCCUGUUUGGCCUCAGCUGAGUCGCCGCGUCGAGGAUGGUGCGGGUGUCAACAGUACAGCGUGCUGGAUUACUCCACAGGCCGAUGACUACCUUGCAGGUCUUCGCAAGAAGUGGACGCAGCGUCUGGUCGACAGUCGUCUCUGUCUCCGCAUCUGUUCCACUUUGCGUGCUGGUCGAGCAUUUUUUCUAUCGAUCCCACCGGGACAGCCUUUCCGCUUGAACGUCCUAGAGAAGCUGCUGGCUCUUACCAAAGACCCUGAAUCGGAUUUAUGCCAGCAUCUUCGGAAAGGGGUGCGGAUCGGUGUGGACCACGAACUGCAGCCCUCGCCUCAUUGGCCACUUCGCACGGCAGAUCCGGUUGUGUCGGACCUCGUGAUUUGCGAAGGUUCUUGGAAGAGUGCCUCCGACCACCCGGAUCAGGUCCGGGAGCUCCUGGCCCAGGAAAUCGCUGAAGGCUGGAUCGUGGAGAGACCUUCGGUUCAGUACCUGCACGAUAACUUCCCGGCGGUGGCUAUCGGCAAGCUUGGCUUGGUUCUGGCUGAAGGUAGGUCACCUCGACUCACGGUUGACAGCUCCAUUAGUGGUGUCACGGCCGCUUGUCAGAUUCCAAAUCAUAUGCUGCUGCCACGCAUAUCCGACGUUGAGGAUUGCGCUCCCUCCUGCCUAGGCCGUCAUCCUUGGAUCACGAUUUCUUUGGAUGUGCGCAAGGCUCACCGCAUGGUCAUGGUGGAAUACUGUGACCAGGCUUUGCUGGCCUUCACCUUCGAGGGACGGGUUUUUACGUCCAGCACCCUAAAUUUCGGGGCCAGAGCUUCCGCUUUUUGGUGGGCCAGAGUUGGUGGAGCCCUACUUCGUCUGUCGCACGCAGCGAUCUGGCUUUCACAUCUGCUUUGGGGCUACGUGGACGAUUUUUUGGGAGGCUUUCGCGGCGAUGUGGCUCCGGUCUCUGCCUCCAUCUGGAUUCUCUUGCUCUUAGCACUGGGAGUACCACUUUCUUGGCCAAAGUGCGUCUGGUCGUCGGAGUGCAUUUGGAUUGGAUGGUCCAUCAAUCUUGAAAGUUGGGUUUGCGAGCUGCCGUCGGCUAAAAUUUCCAAAAUUCUCGAUCAAAUCGCUGAGCUUCUUUCUGCUGGCGACAAGGUCAGGUUCAAGACUUUGGAAUCACUCAUUGGACGUCUCCUGUGGGUUACUGGCUUGUGGACGGUGCUUCGGCCUUUGCUGUCCCCACUAUAUGCAGCUCUGCAGCGCUUACCAGCUUCCUCGGUUGGCGUCAGCCCUGAGUUAUGGGCUGCGAUCAAGCGCAACAUUGCUGAGGAUUGUGUGCUGACCCGCUCGGUUGGACAUCCGUCCUUCCAUAAAGGUGCUUGCAUCACUCGUGCGGCCAAUACCUUUGUGUCUUGCAAGCAGGAUCUUGAUCAGGUGCCAUUCAGGAAGCGCCGAUUGUGGGUCGAGGUUAAGGAUCCUGGGCAUCCACUGCGAGUCCUCGGGGAUGUCGGCAGGUCAAGCUUAAUUGCUUGGCGUGCCAUCUUCCAGGGAACCCCCUUCUUGAAGGCGCUUCGCAGCCCGAUCCCCUUGAAGGUCAUUGCGGAGGCGGACGCUUUUGCAGAUGCGGACGUGUCUGGGCUAGGAGGCUACGCCAUGUGGCCCAGUGGUCGCACUGUCUGGUUUUCCAUUAGAAAAGACAGUCAGGAGUGGGCGGCUCUCACUUCGUGGUUUCCUCCGCCCCUCCAGACACACAUUUCGGCGUUGGAACUCCUGGCUCAAUUGUUGCUGCUUUGGUGUGUUUUCGCCACUCUGCCCUCCAAUCGUGGACUAUGUCGGGCUUGCCUUCGUUCGGACAACUCCGGUGCGGAGGCCUGUGCCUCCAAGGGCCUUUCAUCGGUGCUGUCCAUGAGCGAGAUUGUGAAGAAGUUCCUUGCGUUUCAGGCGUGGUCUGGUGUACAGGCUGAGAUCGAGCAUGUACCUGGGUAUCGCAAUGAACUUGCAGAUGCUCUCAGCCGGCUUACGCCGAACGACAUUGCACCACUGCCCUUGGAUGACCGGGUGCAUCCGCCUAUGCACUGGCUUCUUGAGCAGCGGCUCCUGCUUGAACCAGCUUCGGCCUCGUGGCCGCCUCCUUUCAAGUAG